AAUGAAAUGAAUGGAGAAUGGGCAUUCAGACAAAUUGUGAAUGUGAACCGAUUCAAUUCUAUCUAGCAUCCAUCCAACAAACUUAAGGAAUUCUUUAAUUAGGCUAGGCUGUUGCUUCACGCUUAAUCUGUGUUAAGUUCAUUAAUUCUGUAUGGAAUAUUCAAUUUGAAAAUGAAUAAAUCCUGUGCUAGAUGUGAAAAGACUGUCUACCCCAUUGAGGAGCUUAAGUGUUUGGAUAAAGUAUGGCACAAACAAUGUUUCAAAUGUCAAGUGUGCAACAUGACUUUAAACAUGAGGAAUUACAAGGGGUUCAACAAACAACCCUACUGUGAAGCACACAUUCCCAAAGCAAAAGCAACCACCGUGGCCGAGACUCCGGAGUUUAAGAGGAUUGCAGAAAAUACAAAACUUCAGUCUAACGUUAAAUACCAUGCAGAUUUUGAAAAGGCUAAAGGAAAAUUGACUCAAGUAGCUGAUGACCCAGAAACCCUCCGUAUUAAGCAGAACUCUAAAAUCAUCAGCAAUGUCGCUUAUCAUGGAGACUUGCAGAAAAAGGCAGAAAUGGAACAAAAGCGAACUUUAGCCAAUGAAAAUGGUGAUGUCAGCAGUGGAGGUGUCGUGCCAGUAAAGAAACCAGUGGAACAGAUGCAGCCUCCCAGUUACACAGCUCCGCCCAAUCCUGGCAAAAUAGCAGACUACGAUCCUCUGCAGGGGAGAGGAGGAGGUCCACACACCCCCUACUCAGCUCGUCAGUCAUCGACUGUCAUAUACACAUCUGACCGUGGACCAGUUCACUCACACCAAGAACGUAAAAUUGGAUCAAUCGCAGAUCUGGACCCAGUAAAUGAUUUCUACGGCUCUCUCAGUGCAGACUACAACUCACAUCCCCACCCACCAGCUCCAAAAACAACUGGGAGAGUGUAUCGAGCCAUGUACGAUUACGAGGCUCAGGACCGAGACGAGGUAUCGUUCAGUGACGGAGACCUGAUCAUCAACUGCACUCCGAUAGACGAGGGCUGGAUGACAGGGAUGGUUCAACGCACCGGCCAGACAGGCAUGUUACCAGCCAACUAUGUGGAACCCGCUAUAUAAUGACAACACUUAAUUCUUCCCAACUUAUUCGCAUCUAGCUUUAAAUCUGUUUUCACCUCUUUUAUGUGUUCUGGUGUAUUCGCUUCUUAAUAGUUUUACCGGUUUUGGUAAUAAUUUUUUACCAGUGAUAUUUCUUAAUUGCGAUAGCAAUUUUCUUGCAAGACAUGACAUUCCCAAUGAACAUUCCUGUUGUAUUAGAAGAUAAUAAUGAAGUCAAUAAAGGUUGACUUUACAAAAAAAGAGCAAAUAAUUUUGACUUAUUUUUAUCAUAAUGACACUAUAGAUAUUUGGCUAAAAGAACAAUGUUUGUUCUGAUUAUUGACAUGCCUUUGAUAUAUAUAAGGUUUUGUCUUUACUUUAUUGAUUUUAAAUUAAGCAUUUUUCCUCAUAAGUGGUUCAUUUGUUCGUUUGGCUAAAUAAUAAGAAAGUUGUUCAUUUGGCUAAAUAAUAAGAAAGUUGAAUCUCACUCUGAUAAAGCUACAGAAUUGUUCAGCCUUCUUUAGUACUGUGGUAGUACACGUCUCAGAGUGACUGUUUAGUUACUGCAUAGUAAGGAGGUUAAACAAACAAUUGAUUUAUUUUUACAGUAAAUGGUUGGUGUAUUUCAUAGGCAUUUUCAGCCCAUAAAAUAUAACUUCUCUAGCUAUUAUUCUGCUCCAUAUCUUUCCUGUACAUUCCAUACAUCUACUCUAUGAGUAAACAUUGUCCUAUGUGUCUUAUACAUUGCGAUGUUUGCUUUCAAUGGUACAUCCCUGUAAAUUCCACAAGUAGUCGAGCUUCACUCAUUUCCCUGUCUAGCCAUGAUCUGUCUCAUAAUUUCAUCAAUUGACAACACUAUACCAACUGUACUGACAACCACUGUACUCAAACUGUUACUUGAACUUAAGCGGUACCUCUUCCACCAUCAAAGGUCGCUCCCAAUAACCAUUACCUCACCUUUCCCCAACCCUCUCUCUUUCAUUAGCUUCAUCCAAUUAGCGUUGCAGCUCUUGAGCAUUAUAUUGUCUAUAAACAUCAUAACUUUAAAAAUCCUGGUAAUAUUUUCUCCUUUUGUGAGGAUAUCACUAUAAUUUCACUAUGUGAACUGCACCUCUCUAAUUGUACAUCAAAGAGGGCUUAGCUCCAUAAAAGCCAAUGUGCGCUCUCCAACCACUACCACUAAGCUGUCUCGAUCAAGUCCUGAGAUGUGAUCUACACUUACUUGUACACCUCCUUGCUAUAAACAAUGUCAUCGAUAAAGAUACAAAUUUUGAGCAAUGAAAAUGAAGGCUUUAGCAAUUAGUAAUUCACUGGUAAAAAAAUUAACAUACAAGUUAUUUAUUUUGCUCUGCUUUUCAUUGUAUAUUUACUCCAUUCUUCCAUUUUUACUAGUUCUAGGUAUGCGAGAGGUUGUAAGAUAGCAUCUACUCACUUUUUUUGUUAAUUAGAAUAAUACACUUUUUUGCACUUACUUUUAAUUUUACACCUCACCAUUCUUUGUUGUCUACAGCUAAGCAAAUGUUAUGACGGUAAUACAUCAAUUUCCAAAUAUUAAUAAAGCUUUUUCAAUAGACACAUAACUGUUGCUCAAAAUACGUACUGAAAUGUACGUAUUUACAUGGAAUAUUUGAUAGGGAAAUAUCCAUAUUAAUAUUAUUCGUGCCUGCUUAUGACCUGUAUAAUUUUGUUUAUAAUUUUCAUAUGGAACAACUUGUGGAGGAUAUAGAAUGUGAAAGCCUUAAUUCAGUGAAUGAUAAGAAAUUAUGUAUUUUAUCAAUGCAAUAAAAUAUUUUGCCCUCCUGCUAGAAAAAUAAGACCAAUAGGCCUACAGAGCAAAAUAUUUCAAAUACAUGCAGUAAUCUAAUAUUAUUGACUGUGUCUGAAAACUAAAUAGACCAUUGUAAUAGUAUAUUUUGAUAUUUUACACUUAAAACAAAUCUUUUGUUGGCUACAGAUCAAAUUAAGGUAUUUUUCCUUAUUGUAUUGGGUUUUACCAAUAACAUUUUCCUAAUUAAGUAGAUUCAACUAGUUGAGUAGGAUUAUAAAGUUUUUAGACACUUAUUGAGCAUAUUCCAUCACAUGUUUCAAUCAAUAAAUAGGCGUGUACGUUUAGAACACUGAUGUAGAAAAUACAUCACUCAAAUCUUAUUUCAAUUAUGAACAUUUGUAACAUCACACGCAUACAUUCCAGGAAUCUCUUUGGACCAAAACAAUGAUUAUUUUUCUGCAUUUUAUAUAGGUACACUAUUUUUCUGUAUUUUAUAUACACAUUUUUCCCAUAUUCUAAGCUCAUUCCUUUUACAUUUUUUCACUGUUAUAUGUAUUGAUGUGUUCGUUUUUCUAUUAGUUAACUGUAAGGGUAGUUGCGAAAAACAUUGUUUAAAACGUGUACUUUGUAAGUAGCUUAAAAUUUUCAGUUAACUGACUGACUAAUAUUGUCGGUGACAAUGGAUGAUGUUGAUGCAAACUGGUGUUUUAAGAUACAAAAUUAGUGUUCUUGCCAAUAAGUAACUUAACUUGACUUUCAAUUUGUUAAUUCUGAAAUUGCUUUCCUUGACAAUUCCUUUUUACAAAAUUGGAAAUAAUGUUGCACCCAAAAAAUUCAUAGGGUAAGGAAAAAGGAAUAUCAAUGUUUUUAACAAACAUACUACUGAGCUACCUCGGUAUUUGAAAACACUAAAAUUCAACUCAUUAAACACCAGUUGCAGCCAUCUUCUCUUAUAAAACUGUUACUCAAAUGUAUUAGCAUACCAGGAUAGCUUGCUUAAAUCAACAUGAUACUCAAAAUGAUUGAGAUUUAUACAAAAGGUAAUACUCAAUCCCACUUAUUAUAUCCUGACUAAGAAAUGUUAAAAGAUCAAUCAGUCGGUUUUUAAAUUUAGUUAAUACUUUCAAACAAACAAUAAUUUUGUUCAAUGUUGAUUGUUUGUUUAAGUUAAGAUAUUUGUUGUAUUUGUUAUAUUUGUGUUCUUUUAUAAACAUGUAAACUUGUUUAUUAUAGAAUAAUUUUAUCGUUUUGAGUAAGUGUUAUUUGUUCUACCAACAAUUCUACAUUGUAGAUAUUGCUGUGUCUUAGGUACAUCAUUGCAUUUAUAACUCAGUCUCUUUCUUUGACAUGUUUAAUCAUAUCUGUAAUCAUCUCUUUAAAUCAAUGUAAAUUUUUUGUUGAUUGUUAAAUCUUUGCCCUAAACCUAUUUUGUUCUGUGUUUUGAAACUUAAUUUAAAUCUAUUCCAAACGUGUUAUAAAUGCUUAGAGGAUUCUGUUAUAUAACCUUCCUUAUAGUAUACUGCCUUUCUCAUUCAAUCAAAGUUUGAUCACAUCAUAAAUUAAAAGUAUACUCUCGACCUUUGAGAAUACACUUUGAUCAUUAACCUAUCCAAUCAGACUUUUAAAAAGAGUCAAAUCAAAACCUUUACUAAAAAACUUGUUCCACUUUUUAAUCAUACUUUAUUAGUUCAUUGAGUUCAGGGUGAGCCGUUAAUGCAAUUGUUGAAUGCCAGCUGAAGCAAUUCCUGAUUAAAGCUGUUAUCGUUACCAAUGUGUGCCUUCAGCGUCCCGUGACGGUUAGUGUCUUCCAUGUACCUGCCUCACAUAAACCUUACACUUUGAAAACUGUUGUAAGAGUGAUUUUAGUGUCUUCUGUUUCAUAAGAAACCUCCUAUAUCAAAUACAAUCUUCUACCUGUAAAAAUGUGUUUGUGAUAUAUGUAUUUUUACUAAAUGUUAUGUAGAUAGUAGAUUUAAUGGAAUUCUAUUUCGAAUAAACUCAGUUAAGAUUUUGAUGUAAAGUUUGUUACAUUCUUGCAGGGAAAUUCUUUAAUUGGUAAAUUAAAGUGAAGAUUUCUUUUUGAGUAAAAGUUAUAUUAAUUUUGGUUAAAAUGUUUUUGUGUUGUUAAUAGUUGACAAUUAAUUCGAUUAAGACAAAGCCAUCAGAACAAGCAUUACAUUUACUGCAAGGGAUUUUAUUAAUUAUAUCUGAUCUGUUUCUAAAAUUUGGUUAGGUUUACUCUUGUUAGCCUGUAUAUUGUAAGUUUUUAUCUAGGAAAUGUUACUUAUAAUAACUAUCAUAAAAGCAUCCAUUCCUUGUGAUCCAUGAGGCCUUAACAGAUGUAUCUUUGUAUUGUUAAUAUGAUCCAACUUAAUUGCUACAGGGAUUUUAAAAGUUGUCCACAUCGUUUAUAAUAUAACAAUACAAUAGGGUAAGAUUGUUUACACAUAGCAUAGAGAAUCAAUUUUUCUAAAACUUCGUCGUAUAGUAACAUAUACUUAAUUAAUUUUUUUGAUAUUCGCUCUAACUUUUAAGCCUGAUUCCCAUCGCAGCUAGUGUAAAAAGUAUUUUUCAUAAAAAAAGUUGUCAAUUGUGACUUUUCAUGUUUGGCCUAAAUGAUCUUGUAGCGUCAAUUCACAUAUACUUUUAGCAACUAACAUUUUUAUAGUUAGUGAUGGUGAGCUUUUUUGACCUACCUGUUGUAUAGUGACAAUUGACAUGUCUUCCAUUUGCAGCUAUUUGUAGAGGCAAGAGCUUUAUAUCCGUUGUAUUUUAAUAAAAAUAAAAUAUUAA